UUCAACGCCUUUGAUCUCAGUUCGAGUAGUGAAAAAUGGCGAUAUAUCCAUGGGAUUUUCUAAGCCGAUCUUCAUGGUUUUCCAUUAAUAAAGGCCUACUCUACAGUCCCCUCGUUCUAUCGCUUCUUAUCCUACUCUUCAUCAACGGCUUCCUCAAGUUCAAACAUCGUAGUCAUCGAAAUCCGCCUCCGUCACCGCCAAAACUACCAAUCAUCGGCAACCUCCAUCAGCUCGGCAGACUCCCUCACCGCUCCUUACGCUCUCUUUCCGACAAGUAUGGCCCUCUAAUGCUUCUAAAGCUCGGCCAGAUCCCAGCACUUGUGAUUUCAUCAGCUAAAAUCGUGGAAGAAAUGGUGAAGAAUCACGAUGUCGUUUUCUCGGAUCGACCAAGUAUGACAGCAGCAAAAAUCAUGCUUUACGGACGCUCGGACUUCUUUUUGGCACCAUAUGGCGAGUACUGGAGAACAGCUAGAAAGAUUUGUGUUUUAGAACUUUUAAGCCAAAAAAGGGUUCAAUCAUUUCGGUUCGUUCGAGAAGAAGAAGUUGCUUCGCUGAUCAACAGAAUACGCCAUGAAUGUUGCAAUGGAAGGUCAGUAAAUCUAAGUCAAAUGUUGCUUGAAACUUCACAUACUAUAUCUUCUAGAUGCAUUAUUGGGAAAAAAGCCAAAGAUGAUGGGAAUUUCGGAGUGUUUGCCAAAAGAUUCGUGAGAACAUUUUCGGAUUUUAGCUUCGGAGAUUUGUUCCCUGGUCUGGGAUGGCUUGAUGUUCUUACUGGACUUAUUGGACGCUUCAAAACAACCUUCAAUGAAAUGGAUGCUUUCCUUGAUUCAGUGAUUCAAGAGCAAAUUAAGAGUUCUGAAAGUAACAUACUAGACGAAGACCAUAGCAAGAAAGACCUUGUGCAAAUCCUCCUCCAUUUACUUCAGAAUGACCAAGAUACAAAGCUCACGAUGAACAACGUCAAAGCAAUUUUACUGGAUAUGUUCCUGGCGGGAACUGAAAGUACUGCAACAACAACAGAAUGGGCAAUGGCGGAGCUUUUGAAGAAUCCAAGAGUGUUGAAAAGGGUCCAAGAAGAGGUUCGAAGAGUGGUGAAUGUAAAAGGAAAAGUUGAAGAAGAUGAUAUCAACAAAAUGGAGUAUUUGAAAUGCAUCAUCAAAGAAACUCUAAGAAUACACCCUGCUGCUCCUCUGUUGGUGCCCCGUGAAACAUCGGCCAGAAUCAAACUGAAUGGCUAUGACAUCUUGCCUAAGACAAGAGUUCUCAUCAAUGCAUGGAUGAUCCAAAGGGAUCCACAGGUUUGGGAAAACCCAGAAGAGUUUAUCCCAGAGAGAUUUGAAAACAACACCAUUGAUUUCAGAGGUUCCAACUUUGAGUUCAUUCCAUUUGGUGUGGGAAGAAGGGGUUGCCCUGGGAUAUCAUUUGGGGUCUCUGUUCUUGAAUUUUUUAUUGCCAAUCUUUUGUAUUGGUUUGACUGGAAAUUGGCAGAUGACGCUGAUUGUGUGAGCUUAGACAUGACCGAAACCUUCUUUAUUGCAGCCUCUAAAAAGUUACCUCUCCAUCUUGUACCAAGUGCUUAUUGUAGUUGAUGUAUCUAGUU